AUGGGCACGGCUGGUUUCCUGGUGCUGCUGCUGAGUUCCUCUUUUCUCUUUGAGGGGAAUUGUUUGGAUGAUUCUGGACAAAAGUCUGAGUCUUCUGAGCUCUGUACGUCUGACAUUGAGUCAGUGCUGAGACAGAUGAGCGCUGCUCUGUCUGCACAGCAGGUGGAGAUCAGACAUCUGCAGGAGGAGAACAAACAUCUGCUGCUGGAGAACAAGGCCACGAGGACAGAAGUGGUCUCCCUCCAAACAGAAGUGGUCUCCCUCCAAACAGAAGUGGUCUCCCUCCAAACAGAAGUGGACUCCCUCCAAACAGAAGUGGACUCCCUCCAAACAGAGGUGGUCUCCCUCCAAAACAACGACAAAGCUCAAGAGGCUGCACUGGAGCGUCUGCAGACCAGCUCCUCUGUCACUGAACACAAAGUGGAAGCUCUGACUCACGACAAAACAGUGAGGCAGGUGGCCUUCUCUACAGCUCUGAUGGAGUCUGGAUCUCAGGACAUUUGGUCCUUAUAA